GCCAAACAAGACAAGACACUCCGGCCUUCAAAAGGCCAAAUUUUGAUUAGCAAAGCAUUAAACAAUUGAAAAGGGUGGAGACAAAAUGAUGUUGGCGAGGAAUUCCCUCACCGGAAAAUGCCACCUUCUGUUGCGAUGGGCAGGUCGUUGUCGCACAACUACGGCGCAGUUGAGUUGGCGCAGCAAAAUUCCAGUUGAGGGCAACCCAACUCACCUUCGUAGGAGCUUCGCAAGCAGCUAUGGUAGACUAUUUGGUCGUCAGGAUUUGGGGUUUAAGCAUUCGGGUCUUCUCUCUUUUCGGGUUUCUAGCGGCGGCGGCUCCGGUGGCAGAACUGGUGGAGGGUUUGGUGGCUCCGGCAAUGGAGGUUCUGGUGGUGGAGGUGGCGGCGCUGGUGGAAGUAAUUGGUCGUUUCUUUCAUGGUAUAUGUCUCUUCUAGCUAAGUAUCCAGUGCCGACAAAAGCCGUCACAUCGGCAUUCUUGACUUUGGUUGGUGACUUAACCUGUCAGCUCAUGAUUGAUCAAGCACCAUCUCUAGACUUGAAGAGGACGUCUAUCUUCACGUUGCUGGGGCUGGUUUUGGUUGGUCCGACGUUACAUUUCUGGUACUUGUCUCUGAGUAAACUGAUAACAACCCCCGGUGCUUAUGGUGUUUUGUCGCGGCUUGUCCUUGACCAGUUCCUUUUUGCUCCCGUUUUCAUCGGAAUAUUCCUGUCUACGCUGGUCACACUCGAGGGGAGGCCAUCGGAUGUGAUCCCAAAGCUACAGCAGGAGUGGUUUUCGUCAGUUGUUGCGAAUUGGCAGCUGUGGAUUCCUUUCCAGUUCCUCAACUUCCGUUUCGUGCCGCAGCAAUUCCAGGUCCUUGCUGCCAACUUCAUUGCCUUGGUAUGGAAUGUGAUUCUCUCAUAUAAAGCUCACAAACAAGUUGUUGCCAAAUAGGUUGAGGGUUCGAGUCAUCACAGGCGUAAAUGGGACACAAUUAUGUAUCUUUUUUUUUUAAAGCCAAAAAAAGAAGAUAAAAUGUACUCCCUCCGUCCCAAUAUUGUUGGCCACAUUUCCUUUUUAGUUUGUCCCAUUAUUGUUGGCUACUUUCCUAAAAUGGAAAUAUUUAUCACAUUCAAUCUCUUACUUUAUCACAUUAUCUCUCCUACUUUAUCACUUUAUUACAUUCUCUCUCCUACUUUAUCACAUUCUCUCUCCUACUUUAUCAUUUUAUUACCUUUUCUCUCAUACUUUAUCACCUUCUCUCUCCUACUUUAUUACUUUUAUACUAUAUUACCUACACACUUAAAAUACUAAUCUACAACUCCUUAAUUCCCGUGCCGAAACCAAAUGUGGCCAACAAUAUUGGGACGGAGGGAGUAUUCCUUUAAUAUAUCAUAUGUGUGACUUUGAAGGAAAGGUUGUUUUAUAUUUAUUGCAUCAACAUAUCUUGUGUUUUGUACAAGUAUGGUGGUGCAACUAACAUGAAGUUGAAUUCAUUUUGUGUUUUAGGGUUG